GCAGAAGUGCAGCUGGGUUGUCCAUACUGCGGACUUCUUCCGAUGGCCGUGGACUUUGCAGUGCCCGAUCUUCAUCAACAAAUGCCAGACAGAUUGCCACACGUAGACGACGGUACGCAACGCAGCAAACCUACAAGCCCUCGUGUUACUUGUUCACUAUCGCCAUCGGUGACUCCACCGUCUUCUUUCUUCAUCAGGGACAUACUCAGCGAUCCAAGACCCUUUAAACCCGUUUUUAGCCCUGCUGGAGAAGCCGCAUUAUCGCCUAGGGCUGCAGAUUCUCCCAAUGCUGCUGCGGGGGAACCAUCCGCACCCGAACCUCAGGACUUAACAGUAAGACUAUCUGUGCCCAAAGCCGAUGACGAAAACGCAAGGAUAGCCGAACGUGAUCGUGACGUGACGGAAGACGAAGAUGAUGUCAUCAGUAACGAAGAUAAACAUCACGAUAUCGAUGAAAACCUACACCAUUUGGACAGGAACAGAGAUGAUUACGAAGAUAGGUGCGAGUUAAAAGUUAAAAAACAGAGAAAGGCCAGAACUGCUUUUACAGAUCAUCAACUACAGACACUGGAAAAGAGUUUCGAACGACAAAAAUAUUUGAGUGUACAAGAUAGGAUGGAAUUAGCGGCCAAACUCAAUCUUACCGAUACUCAAGUCAAGACAUGGUAUCAGAAUAGACGGACAAAAUGGAAAAGGCAGACCGCUGUAGGACUGGAAUUACUAGCAGAAGCCGGUAACUUCGCUGCUGUUCAAAGGAUGUUCCAAACGAGUCCAUACUGGUUAAGCCAAUGCGCCACCGGGUUAACCGCACCCACUUCUUAUUCAAAUCUCUCCGGAUACGAUACGUAUUAUCGUCAAGCUGCUGCGGCCAUGCAAAAACCAAUGCCCUAUCGUGUUUAUCCUGGAUUAGGAUUAUCCUUAAACGCAUUAACGGCCAAUGCCCAUAACGUUUCAGGAUUAUCGCCGUCUUCGCCUACAUUUAACCCACUACCUUCGACGACUACAACAACUUCGUCUUCGUCGUUUUAUCCGAGAGAAAAUCGAUGUUAAAAAAAAAAAAAUUAAAAAGAUUUAUAAAUGAAGAACAUCCUUUAAAUGUUUCAUUUUUGUC